ACUGCACCUGAAAAACCACAAAUAUCCAACAAUGACGACCACAAGUGUUGCUCUCUUCCUUUGCUUUGCAUUCCUCUUCUGUGUGUCUGAAGGAGCAAAGGUUACUUUCACAAACAAGUGCACAUACACAGUAUGGCCAGGAACCCUAACCGGAGACCAAAAGGCACAGUUAUCAUCAACCGGUUUCGAAUUGGGCUCAGGAGCAUCAAGUUCUUUGGACCUUCCAUCUCCAUGGUCAGGGAGGUUCUGGGCCCGAACAGGAUGCUCCAACAACAACGGAAGGUUCAGUUGCGCCACAGCAGAUUGCGGCUCCGGUCAAGUGACGUGCAACGGCGCAGGAGGAAAUCCACCGGCAACUUUGGUAGAAAUAACGGUUGCAGAGAACGGAGGGCAAGAUUUCUACGACGUGAGCAACGUGGACGGAUUCAACAUCCCGAUGUCCGUAGCCCCACAAGGUGGCAGCGGCGAAUGCAAAACCUCGACUUGCCGGAACAACAUCAACGCUGCUUGCCCUGCAGACCUUCAAAUGAAAGGGUCUGAUGGCAGCGUGAUCGGUUGCAAGAGUGCUUGUUUGGCUUUCGGAGAUGAUAAGUAUUGUUGCAAAGGAGCAUACGACAAGCCUGAGACAUGUCCACCAACCAGCUACUCUGAGUUCUUCGAGAAUCAGUGCCCUGAAGCUUAUUCCUAUGCUUACGAUGACAAGAACAGCACUUUCACUUGCUCCAACAGACCUGACUACGUCAUCACUUUUUGCCCUUGAACUCCUCACACUAUAAAUCCACACACACACACUUCCUUCGUUCGCAGUAAAAAUAAGUGUACCCACAAAUACAUCUCAUGAUGAAUAAGGAAUCACGUCUUUUGGUGAUUGUAUCGAUCAAUUAUAUCAUCCAAUAAAGUUUAACUUUUAUAA